GGCGGGGCGGGGCGGGCGCGGCCCUCCCUCGCCGCCGAGUCACGGCGCGUCGCCAUGGCGGCGCCAUAAACAGGCGGCGGCCGCCGCGCCCGGCGCUUCAGUGCGCGGCGCCCGGAGCAGCGCCAUGGCCGGAAGCGCUGAGAUGGCGUCUCUGGAAGAGAGCUUCCGGAAGUUCGCAAUCUAUGGGGACACCAAGGCUACAGGGCAAGAAAUGAACGGGAAGAACUGGGCCAAGCUGUGCAAAGACUGCAAAGUGACUGAUGGCAAAAGUGUCACCAGCACCGACGUGGACAUUGUCUUCUCGAAGGUGAAAGGGAAGACAGCCCGCGUCAUCAACUAUGAGGAGUUCAAGAAGGCCCUGGAGGAGCUGGCUCCGAAGAGAUUUAAGGACAAAAGCAAAGAGGAGGCAUAUGAAGCUAUUUGUCAGCUGGUGGCAGGGAAGGAGCCAGUCAAUGUGGGCGUCACUAAAGCCAAGACUGUUGGAGCAGUGGAGAGACUGACAGACACCUCCAAGUACACGGGCUCCCACAAGGAGCGCUUCGAUGAGAGUGGCAAGGGCAAGGGGAAGAGUGGGCGAGAGAACAUCGUGGACACCAGUGGCUACGUCAGCGCCUACAAGAACGCAGGCACCUAUGAUGCCAAAGUGAAGAAGUAGGGACAGCUGCCUGUGGCGCCCACCCGCCCCGGUCCCUGCGCACCAGGCCUUUGGGGCUUCAGUCAUGUCAGCCUGGGGACAUGCCCUUGUGAUAUGGGGUCCCGGGAGACGGUGCUGGACCCAGCCCCAGGCUGCCGGGAUGUUGGUUGCCCAGCGCUGAUGUGAUUAGAAAGUCACCGGGUUGUGCGCUCUGCCCUGACAACUACGUUUAUCCGUGCUGUAUUGUGAGCCGUGUCCCUCCUGCUGGUACUAACAGGCCCUCUCCCCUCCUGCCCUCCCAUGGGGCAGCUCCCGCCAUACUAACAACACUUCUCCUCAGAGCUUCCUGUGCCCUGCUGGCCCUGAAGCCUUCCCUACCUCAGCCCUGUCCCUCAGGGCACUCUCCCUGCCAGUCCCACUGGCAAUCACAGCCUUUCUUUUCUACAGACCUCCGGGGACCUGCAUUCCCUUCUGUAUGACCACCAUGGCCUUCUCUUCUCCACCGAUGCCUGCUCACGCUGUCCGCUCACCUCUGGGCUGCCUGGGUUUGCUGCUCUCUCCUGCUUGUGGUAGGCCACCUCUGCCCAGUGCCAUGGGAGGCUCUGUCCCUGUGGGUAUCAUUAGUGCUGGUGCUAAAGGGCUUCUCCGGGACACACUCCACUGGUGAGCAUACAGGGGCCCUGCAUGCACCCCAGCAGACCUGGCCUGUGCUGCGCUUAAUGCUUCUCUGCUGUUGCCAAAGGCCUCCUGAGCCCUCGGGCCUGCACCCACGUGGCUUCCUACUGCCUUUGAGAAGUCCAUGCCAAAGGAUUCUGCAGACCCAUACUGUAACCUGGCUCUGCAAUAAAGCCCUGCUAGUACUGA